ACCCACUUGCUGCCCAAGCGAAGGAGAGGGAGACGACGGCGAUCGAUGUCGGGGGUGUGGGUGUUCAAGAACGGAGUGGCGCGGCGGAUAGAGAACCCCACGAGGGAGAGCUUCGAGAGCGCCCCCGCUUCCGCUGGCGGUGGCGGAGGGGGGAGGAGGAGCGAGCUGGUUUACGCGCCCACGGGGGAGCUGGUGGGUUCGCACGAGGAGCUGGAGCGCCGGCUUGGGGAGCUGGGGUGGGUGCGGUACCAAGCGGGGCGGCCGGAGCUUAUCCAGUACCACCGGGGCGCCGCCUCGCCGGACCUCAUCUCCCUUCCCCGCCGGUUCGCCGACCUCCGCUCCAUCCACAUGUACGACAUCGCCUUCAAGAACCGCUCCUUCUUCCUUGUCCGCGACCGGCGGUCGACGAACCGGGCCACGGUCCCUUGAUCUCCUGUGCGUCACCCUCUGGAGUUUCCUUUUCUCCGGCCAGUAUUCGAUGUCUUAAUUAUCUAUUUUCUUUAUACUAGUAGUUUUGAAGAAUGGACUGAACACUAUUUUAAUAAUAUCAUGGUCAUCAAUGCAUUAA